CCCAGAAAAGAAGAAAAGAGAAGAAAUUUGAUAUUUGUAUGAGAGCUAAGUUAUCCAGACGAAUCUUAGUGUCUUUACUGUUGUAUCAGUUGGUUUUUGUGUUAUUGGUUUCUCUUUGUAUCAGAAAAGAUAUAAUCACCAUGUCUUCUGGAUCUGAUCAUUCUGGUUUUGAUAACCCGAGAUUGGUUGUGAAGAAGGUUUUGGCCAAGCAACAGAGUGAGGGUGAUGGUGCCCGUGUUAGAAGAAGCAUUGGAAGGCCUGAAUUGAAGAAUCUCGACCCAUUUCUCAUGCUGGAUGAGUUUGAAGUAUCAUUGCCUGCUGGAUUUCCUGACCACCCACACAGAGGAUUUGAGACUGUAACAUAUAUGCUGGAGGGAGCUUUUACCCAUCAAGAUUUUGCUGGGCACAAGGGUACAAUAGGAACUGGUGAUGUGCAGUGGAUGACGGCAGGGAGAGGUAUAGUUCACUCUGAAAUGCCUGUAGGGGAAGGUACACAAAAGGGGUUGCAACUCUGGAUCAAUCUUGCCUCCAAGGACAAAAUGAUUGAGCCAAACUAUCAAGAACUGUUGAGUGCAGACAUCCCGAAUGCAGAAAACGACGGGGUUGAAGUAAAGAUUAUAGCAGGAGAGGCGAUGGGCGUGAAGUCCCCGGUUUACACAAGAACUCCCACAAUGUACCUCGAUUUCACUCUAAACCCGUCGUCUCAAUACCACCAAAGCAUCCCAGAAUCAUGGAACGCGUUUGUCUACAUCGUCGAAGGAGAGGGGGUGUUUGGCGUCCCGAAUUCACAGCCCGCAUCAGCUCACCACUGCUUGGUUUUGGGUCCGGGCGAGGGCCUAAGCGUAUGGAACAAGGGCUCCUCGCCCCUGAGAUUCGUUUUGUUGGGCGGGCAGCCACUCAACGAGCCGGUCGUUCAGUACGGUCCUUUUGUGAUGAACACACAAGCUGAAAUAGAGCAGACUUUCCAGGACUACCAUUACUACAAGAAUGGCUUUGAGAAGGCAAGGCACUGGAGAUCUCAUUCUGGACACUAGGCCCCCAUAGCCCAUGUAAUGAUAAGAAAAGCUCCAAUAGAAUUUUCAUUUCAGAAAAAGAAUAAAAUACUAGACUGUGGAAGAUUAGACUUUGUCUUCCAUCAUGUCUUAAUCUUUCUCCAAACCCACCUAAUAUGGAAGCUUGGGUAAGAUAGGUACUUUAAUAUAUAUCAAGAAUGCUAAAGCCUCUAGAAGCCUUAGCUCCAUGUAUUAUAUAGUUUGAUACUUUAAUAUAAUGGUCAUUUCUCUUGUGAAAAUGAAA